UUCGCCCGGCCGGCCGAUGUAUGAAAAUUUGAGGCUAUGGAGAAGACAGUGAGCCACGCCAACCGUUUCUCUUUGAAACUCUUCAAGCGUGUGUCUUCGCUAGAUCCGCGUUCCACCGUCUGCCUAUGUCCUUUCACAGUGUUCCAAGCACUAAGCAUGGCCUAUGCUGCUGCGCAAGGCAACACGGAACAGCAGAUGGCCAAAGCCUUCAAAGUGACCAAAAAAUACGACAUUCACAGUGCUUUUCAGGCGCUGUUGAAGACGUUGUACAAGGCUGUGCCCGACGUGAAGCAGGACUUCGCCUGUCACGUCUUCAUCGAGCGUUCCUUCAAGUGUGUUCCGGCCUACGAGGCACUUCUGACGGAAAAAUACUUGGCCGACGUUCAUCAUGUGGAGAUACGCGAGGAGCCGGACAAGGUUCGCGCCUUUCUCAACAAAACGGUUGAAAAUUCCACCGCCGGUGCCAUCAACGAGCUGGUCGUCACAGGAGUGACGGAUCACGACUCUAAAAUUCUUUUCUUCGACUCCGUCUUGCUGAAAGCGUCCUGGGAAAGCGUCUUUCCCACGACGGCUGCAGUGACGGAGAAGCAUCCAUUUACUCUGAUGGACGAAGGGGAGCGCACAGCGCAACUGGUCACUAUGUGUGGACCAUACCGCCACUACAGAGAUGAUGACAUGAAGGUCCUAGUGGUUGAAAUCCCUUUCAAAUCCAAAAGCAUGGCCAUGAUCGUCUUUUUGGCUGACAAUGCGCCCAGCUUGCGUCGCUUUCAUAAACAUCUUUCCAUCGACUUGUAUCAGAAGGUGGUGGAUGGACUGCAAACUGCCAAAGGAAAUAUUUCCAUCUGCGUUCCUCGACUUCGCCUGGAAGAUGCCUUGCAGCCUUCGUACACGCUCAAGCACAUGGGCUUCGUGGAUCUGUUCGACGAACAUGCAAACUUGACCGGCGCUGGCAGUACACUUUACGUGUCGGAUAUCAUGCACAAGGUGUCUUUUGUUCUGGACGGCACCGGAGUGAACGCAGCAGGAGCUGUGUCUAUAACCCUGACCGAUUAUUACACGGAAGAGCUGCCUAAAGCCUACAGAGAUCUUCCUUCCACAAGACCCUACAUAUUUGUGAUCAGGAAUCAAGAAACGGGACUCAUUUUGUUCAUGGGCUCAGUGCAAGAUCUCUAAGCGCCUCAUUAAAUUUCCUUUUGCACCUUA